CAGCCCGUUCAACCCUUCGUUCUCCUGUGCGUCUUGAGAUACCCCCGGACCGCUGUUGUUUUUCUCCAUUGUUUUGUUUUCGCAUUCCACUCUUCUUCGUUCGGAUACCCAGAAAAACAUGGGCACGCCUGCCGAGAGGCAUCCCAGCCCUAGCCACUAUGACAUUGUCAUUGUCGGCGCUGGCCCAGUCGGCCUGAUGCUGUCGACCUGCUUGGCGAGAUGGGGGUACAAGAUCAAGCACAUCGACAACAGAGCGGAGCCGACCCCAACCGGCCGGGCUGACGGGAUCCAGCCCCGUUCGCUCGACCUGCUCCGGAACAUGGGGCUCAAAUCCGCCAUCAUGGCCCACAAGCCCGCCCGUGUCUACGAAGUUGCCUUCUGGGACCCGCCAAAGGGCGGCAAGGGCAUUGUCCGGACCGGCACAUGGGCCAGCUGCCCCAGCUUCAUCGACGCCAGAUACCCCUUCACCACCCUUCUUCACCAGGGUCUGAUCGAGCGUGUCUUCAUCGGUGACCUCGAGAAAAACGGCGUCAAGAUCCAGCGGCCGUGGACCAUCAAAGGCUUCACUUCCAACGAGAAGGACGACCCCGAAUACCCCGUCACGGUGCACUUGGAGCACGUUGAUGGCACUGCUAAGGAGACGGUCAAGGCGAAGUAUCUAUUCGGCGGCGAGGGGGCGAAGUCAUUCAUCCGCGACCAGCUGAAGAUUGGCAUCAAGCACAAGGACCCCAUCGCCUAUGUGUGGGGUGUCAUGGAUGGCGUUGUGAAGACGGAUUUCCCCGAUAUCAAGAUGAAAUGCACCAUCCAUUCCGAGCACGGCUCCAUCAUGGUUAUCCCCCGCGAGAACAACAUGGUCCGCCUCUACAUCCAGCUCGCCUCCUCGACCGACCCCGACUUCAACCCCCGGAAGACAGCAAGUGCCGAGGAAGUCCAGGCUUCGGCCAAGCGCAUCCUGCAGCCCUACUCCAUCGAGUGGGAGCGGGUCGAAUGGUACUCGGUUUACCCCAUCGGCCAGGGCAUCGCUGAUAAGUAUACGCUGGACCACCGCGUCUUCCUGGGCGGUGAUGCCUGCCACACCCAUAGCCCCAAAGCCGGCCAGGGCAUGAACACCGCGUUCCUGGACGCGCUGAACUUGGCCUGGAAGAUCCACGCCGUCGAGGCCGGUUUUGCCAACCGCAGCCUUCUCGAGACAUACGAGCCCGAACGCAAGGACGUGGCCGAGGCGCUGUUGGCCUUCGACAACAAGUAUGCGAAGCUCUUCUCGGAGCGCCCGCCCGCUGCCAACGAGGUGGCUGCCGCCUCCGCCGGCGCCAAGGCCGGCCAGGAAGAGAACGAGUUCAUCAGGACGUUCAAGGAGUCGUGCGAGUUCACCAGCGGCUACGGCGUCUUCUACAAGCCCAACGCGCUCAACUGGUCGCCAUCGCACCCGGCCCAGUCUCGCGUCGUGCACCCCAAGGGCACCAAGCUGGUGCCCGGGCGCCUGUUCAUCAACGCCGACGUCACCCGCGUCGUCGACGCCAACGUGGUCCACCUCGAGCAGGAGGUCCCGCUGAACGGCGCCUUCCGCAUCUUCGUCUUCGCCGGCAAGCCCAGCGUCACCGCCCAGGCCCUGCGCGACCUCGCCGCCAACAUGGCCAAGAAGAACUCCUUCUACACCGCCUACGCCCGCCCGGACGCCGACCGCGUCAGCCACCACGAGCGCCACAGCCCGCACUCGCACUUCUUCACCCUCUGCACCGUCUUCGCCGCCCCGCACCCCUCCGUCGAGAUCGCCCGCGACCUACCGCCCCUGCUGGCCCGCUACCGCGACCACGUCUACGCCGACGACCGCUGGGACCGCCGCGUGCCCGACGCCGCCGCCUGCGCGCACGCCAAGAUGGGCCUCGACCAGGACCGCGGCGGCGUCGUCGUCGUCCGCCCCGACGGGUACGUCGGCAUUGUCGUCGCGCUGGCCGAGGGCAGCGCCACUGUCGACGCGCUCAACGCGUACUUUGGCGCGUUCUGCUCCAGGAAGCUUGGUGAGGCGCAGGCGAUGCUUUGAGGUUGGGAUGGGCUGCGCGUGGAAGGGAAAUGGAUGGAUGGAGGAAUGGAGUAAUGGGUUAAUGAUGGUGAUGGUGAUGGAGGGAUGGAGGGAUGG